CGUGUCUGCAACACCGGCGGGAAACGAAAGCAGUAAACACAGCGCGAGACAGAGUCACACUCAGGCGAAGUCAUGGCGUUACACGGGAAAAGAAAACGAAUAAGUCACAUUUUAACCAACUCACAGACCUCGAACAGUCAGUCCACUGUACCCGGCGCUACACACACUGAGCUGGGAGAUGACCGGGGACAGCGCUUCGUGGAAGGAUCGAUUGUCCGCGUUACUAUGCAAAACUUCCUGACGUACGAUUAUUCAGAAGUCUUUCCUGGUCCAAACCUGAACAUGAUCGUGGGAGCAAACGGAACCGGCAAGUCCAGUAUCGUCUGUGCGAUCUGUCUGGGGCUGGCGGGGAAAACAGCCGUGCUGGGACGAGGGGAUAAGGUGGGACUGUAUGUGAAGAGAGGAUGCACUAAAGGCUCAGUAGAAGUGGAGCUGUACAGAGCUGCUGGAAACCUGGUAAUUAACCGUGAGAUAACGGUGGAGAAUAAUCAGAGUGCGUGGAUGAUUAACGGCAAACACGCGAGUCAGAAGGCGGUAGAGGAGGCAGUGAAGGAGCUCCAGAUUCAGGUUGGGAAUCUGUGUCAGUUCCUGCCCCAGGAGAAGGUGGGUGAGUUUGCUAAGAUGAGUAAGAUUGAGCUCCUGGAGGCGACAGAGAAAUCUGUCGGUCCACCAGAAAUGUACAGCUUCCACUGUGAUCUGAAGAACUGUCGCAGUAAAGAAAGGGAUUUGGAGAAUUUGUGUAAGGAAAAGGCCAACUUCCUGGAGAAAGCCCGACAGAGGAACGAGCGCAACAAAGGGGACGUGGAGCGCUACCACAUGAGGAGGAGACAUCUUGACAGGAUCCAGAUGCUGGAGAAGAAGAGGCCCUGGGUGGAGUAUGAGACGACUCGUAAGGAACUGGAAGAAGUAAAGAAACAGAGAGAGGACAUGAAGAGGAAAGUGAAGUCGCUGAAGGAAGCACAGACGCCCUUGCUGAGAAAAAUCCAGUCGAUUGAGAGCCAGCUGCAGCCCAUUGAGAACCAGAUGAAGGAGAAGAAUGUCAAAAUCAAAGAGUCAUCACAGAAAUGUAAACAUAAACAGGACCAACUGGACUGGAAAUAUAAAGAGAUCGAUGACGUUAAGCAGCGCCUGAGUCUAAAGCGGACAGAGGAGGCAGAUCGACAGAAACGAAUCGGGAUCAUGCAAAAUCUGAUUCAGGGAUUGCAGAAGGAGCUGGACAACGUGGGCAGCCAGGACGAUGUCACGCCCAAGAUCGAGGUGGUUAACUCCGAGCUCAGGAGCAUCCAAGCAGAGAAAUCCAGGUUGGACGGAGAACGUCAGGAUCUGAGGCGGGAUAAAGACGAAGCCACGGGCGAGCUGAGACGUCUGCAGAAUCGUCUGCGCAGUUUGGAGGACAUGAUAAAGAGGAAGGAGGAGAUGCUGCGUAGCCGUUUCCGUGACACCCACACGGCUCUUCUGUGGCUGAGGAACAACCGGCAUCUCUUUGAGGGAAAUGUGUACGAGCCUAUGAUGCUUGUGAUCAAUGUCCGGGACCCACAGCAUGCAAAAUACGUGGAGAGCCACGUUCCUUUAAAUGACCUGAAAGCCUUUGUGUUCCAGAAGCAGCAGGAUAUGGAGAAGUUCAUGGUAGAGAUACGAGACAGACAGAGACUCCGAGUGAACAGUGUUAUUGCUCCUGCAGAAUCGUGUGCUAAUCGACCACCGUCACGACCCAUUGACUCCCUUAAGCGUUUUGGGUUCUUUUCCUACCUACGAGAGCUGUUUGAUGCCCCAGACGAGGUGAUGAGUUACCUAUGUCAUCAGUACAGAAUUAAUGACGUACCUGUGGGAACGGAGAGGACGAAGAACAUGAUUGAGACGGUGAUAAAGGAAUCUCAGCUGAGGACGAUCUACACUGCAGAGGAGAGGUACACGGUGAAGAAGUCCACUUAUUCCAACAAGACCAUUUCCAGUAACUCCGCCCUACGGCCAUCCCAGUUCCUCAGCAUGACCAUUGAUGCAGAUGAGAGACGAAAGCUAGAAGAUCAGCUCAGUGCAGCUCAGCAGCAGGUCCACAGCGCUGACGCCCGCAUGAAUGCUAAUCAGGAGCAGCAGGUCCGACUGGAUCGCCGUGACAAUGAACUCCGGGCUGAGAAGAAGCAUCUAUCAGAGCUAAAGGGCAAAAAGAGACAACUGGAACAGAAGAUCAGCACCAAGCAGGACAGUUUGAAGCAGAUGCAGCAGGGAGGAAUCGAUCUUCAGAAAGCGGAGGAGGAAGCAAACACCAGGAUUGCUCAUGUAAACGAGCAGAAGGUGACCAUAGUGGAGGAAUUUCUGCAUGCCAUGAAGCACAGAGCCAGGCUGAGCAUGGAGAAGGUGUACUUGGCACUGGAGACAGCAGGGCUCAGUGCCGAGAAGACCAAACUGGAGUCCGACUGCAGGGAGGGGUCAGCUGAGCUCAGGAGAGCAGAGCAAGCGUUUACUGAGCUGGACCAGAGGAAGACGAGUCUGUUGGAAACGUGUAAGAGACUGAUGAGGAGAGCCAGCGAGAUCUGUAACAUGAAUCCAGGAGAGACUGUAGUACCAGAGAUACUGCACACGGCAUUCAGUGAGCUGCCCAACACUCUGGAUGAGAUUGACGCCAUGUUGGAUGAAGAGAAGGCCAGAGCAGAAGGGUUCGCUGACCUCAGUGAAAGAGUGGUGGAGGAAUAUAACCAGAGAGAGAGGGAGAUAAAGGAGAUGGAGAAGGAGCUGGAGGAGAAGACCAAAGAUCUGAACACCUACAGACAGAACAUCUCCGAGGCAAAGGAGCGCUGGCUGAUUCCCCUGAAGCUGCUGGUGGAUCAGAUUAAUGAGAAGUUCAGUGACUUUUUUCGCUCCAUGAACUGUGCUGGAGAAGUGGACCUUCACUCUGAGAAUGAGGAGGAGUAUGAUAAAUAUGGGAUCCGUAUCCGUGUGAAGUUCCGUAGCAGCACUCAGCUUCAUGAGCUCACUCCUCACCAUCAGAGCGGCGGUGAGCGCAGCGUCUCUACCAUGCUGUACCUCAUGGCCCUGCAGGAGCUCAACCGCUGCCCCUUCAGAGUGGUCGAUGAGAUCAACCAGGGGAUGGACCCGGCCAAUGAGAGGAGAGUGUUCGACAUCGUGGUGAAGACAGCGUGCAGCGGCAAAACAUCACAGUAUUUCUUCAUCACACCAAAGCUCCUUCAGAAUUUGAAGUAUGCAGAUGAGAUGACGGUGCUUUGUGUCCACAACGGCCCCCACAUGCUUCCCACUAAUAAAUGGAACGACAAGGCCUUCAUCAGAUGCGUUAAACGCCGGAGCAACCAGUAACACCAUCAUCCACGUACAUCUUACCCCACAGUGCCUUCUUCUCUGUAAAAUCCUCAUUGAGCUAUUUAUAUAUUUCAGUUGUCCACAGGGACUUUUGUACAUUUCUGUAUUUGAGGAAUUGUUAAAAAGAAUAAAGUUAAUUUUUGAAGGUAAUGGUGUGAUGUACAACACCACAGAACUAACCUCAGCACAUGGUUUAGGAUGAGAGCAGUAGGGAGGGGGUGUGGCCUUAUUAUACCCUUUGGUCUAUUAAUGUAGAUACACCAGAAUAUGUUUAGAUCUCUGUACAUAAUUUUAUUUACAUGAUACAUUUCUGUAAUGUUGGAUAACAAGAUUAGAUGCGCAAUACAUAAUAAAUAUAAGGGGUUCGCUUGGACAAACCACAGAACUGAAACAACAAACUGAAUGAAUCUUUUACAGAAAUGCCAAUGUGCACACACGCAAACUGACCAUUUCACACACUCAGGCAUCCCUUCACACAACAGUGGAAACACCGCAUGACACUCAGCACCAUGUGACUCCCUCAUCACACACACACAACGCAACAUUCAGUACAGACAGGUUAUUCAUUAAAAAAGGCCUAUGAGCAUGUAGCCAUUAAAAACCUAACACACUUUAGUUAUUUCCUAGCCAUGCAGGUCCUCCAACUAAAACUCCAACACUCAGGUGAGGUUCAGAAUACAAAGCCUUAACAUUUAAUCAGUUUAGUGGAGUACACACAAACUUUUACCAACCUGGAUAGAAGUGUCACUUGAGAACAAGGGGAAAUAAAAAAAUCACUCCAAAACAAAAAGGAAAGGAGGGGGGGGGGGAGUCUGAAGCCGGACGGUCCGAGGCACGGGCAAAUAAACCGAGCCAAUGCUGUGAAGGCUAACUCUAGCGUUUGGGAGUCAUGCCACGAGCCGGGGCAAGUGAACUCUUCAAACUACAGGGAAAGGAGAGAGAGCGUCCAUUGUUUUCUUUUUUGUGCUACAUGAGCCAGCCAUGCACUGCUGCCCUGACCGCGCUCGAGUCAGAGCCGUAACAGUCGUGUGAAGUCCCGCGGGCUACGGUGUGUCCGUCCUCCUCACCGCCACACCAGACGUACACAAUCACCACGAUUCCACGAUCACAAAGACGGUUCGCCUUUAACACAACACCUCUGUCCCCACAAUCACACACACACACACACACAGAUGUGAUCUAAACUCCACCCACUCUUACCCAUCUUUUUAACUCCAUACACAGAAGACACACCAAAAAAAAAAAAAACCCAAACCACUCCUCAUGCAUCAGCUGAAAAAACAAGAUCAAUGUCAUUAAAAAUAAAAAUAGUCCUUUAGAUCGCAGGUCAAGUGCGAGUCCUCUUUUUUUUUGUUUUUAUACGUUAUAUCUCUCCCGGAAAUGAGGGUCAAAGCCAAAGAGAAAGGCGGGUCAUCUAUAUUCUCUGGAUCUUGUCGGCCACCACCACGGGGUUCUCUUUGCGGAUCUUGGCCGCGGCCUCGGCUUUGUAGUCGUAGGGGCAGUUGUGCUUGUCUGAGUAACGGUGAAGUCCACAGAAGAGGUUUCCACAGCGACAGUCAAACCCUGAGCACAACAGCAGGAAAGUUCAGCAGCAUGUCUUUAGAACACCUAACGGCGUUAGCGAUAUGAGGAGGAGCAACUCACCUGUAAGGCCGACCUUCUUGCGGCACAUGAAGCAGCGGUUUUUCUUGGGUUUGGGGGCGUCUGGGGUUUUGGUCUCUGCGCUGACCGCCGUGUUGACCGAGCAGGAAGAGGAAGCUGUGGGCUGAGUUACAACUGAGGAAACGGAAGACAGAAAA